AUGGAGUCCGAGUCGUCGAACCGUGUUCUCCGUCCUAGAACCCAGCGCGCCCCUCAUCCGUACAGUACCAGGGGCAAGAACAAAAAGCAGAAGCUCGCUGUGCCUGAGAUUGCUGUGCCAAGUAACUCUCCCGCUGGCCGAUUUUGCCGCGUCUUGGAGUUGGGAUCUGCAUUGGUCUGGGAGUAUUUGUCCAUAGACGACGUCCGCACUUUGCUGCAGACAUUUUCUAAUGCAUUUUCGCAAGACUUCCUCGACGUGGUGUCACUGAAAGCAAUUGAUACCUUCGCUGUGGAGAAUGAGACCCAUUUAGGGCAGCGCUGUCCCUGCGACUGGAUGCGAGGUCUGGAUUUCCUCCAUUCUAAUCGUGUUUGCAACCUAGAUCUCCCUUUCGGCGUGGACAAAACGCUGCCGAUAUUCCAAGAGGCAAAUGGUGCGCAGAACCUCUUCAGGGCGUUGCUGCUGACAAAGACACUGCUUGAGCCGUUGAGAAGAAAUGUGAGGCAAACAUUGCUAGUUCCUGUGGUUUGUCCGCUCUCGAAGCUGGAUGAGAACCCGACCGCGGAAGACCUGACACGCGCAAUGAACAGUGUGUAUCGCAAUGCUGGAUCUCGAUUCUUCUACAAGUUCAAGCAGAGGAGAGGACGCUCAUACGUGGAUUACUUGGAUUACCACUGGGACGAGAUCGAUGGCUCGUCAUGCCGGAACUGUGACGGUUUUUUUUCUUCGACUCCAAAGAGAGUGAAGGGGGCAAGUUAUCCGGCACUUCAGCGAUUCAAAGCGAACUGCGAAAAGAUCUACCGCCCGUUGAAAGCUGCCAUGGAGAAGGAUCUGACGUUCCUGCGAUUCGUCCCCCAGCCGCGAAGACUGCGAGGCUCGAACGCAGAUGUGGUCCCUUACCAAGGAAUGGUGGCAGGUAUAACACCAGACGGAGUUUUAUGCGGAUUCUACCUUGUCAGCGGGUACAAGGCGUAA